AUGGCGCCCUCGAUUGCCCUACACCACGGCCUUCGCCUGUGCUCGAAAUCGACACCCACCAGAAGGCUCUCCUCCGCGCCGUGCCCCGCAACUCUCCGCGUUCGCGCUAACCUCCCCCCACGCGAUGUCCGCGCAAGCGCGUCCCCGCGCGUCGUCUCGAACGCACUCACGGCGCUUGAAGCACCCGUCAGCGCUUCGCCUGCAGCCGGAACUGCGGCGGCGAUUAACUCCGUGGUGCAGAAGAUGGAAACGAUGGGGUUGACGGAUACGAGCCUCGUCUCAACCAAUGAGCACAGAGCGUGGGUGGCAUCUGCCUGCGUGGCCCUCGGCGCACUGUUCGCUCGCGGCGUGGUCACCACAGUGGACGAUGCGAGUGUUACAGCCGUGCUGGGUGCAGUUGCGUCGGCCGCUGGGUCGUAUUUACUUGCUGAUUUUGGAACGGGCGUGUAUCAUUUUGGAGUGGAUAACUACGGGGACAGUUCGACGCCGAUUUUCGGGCCUCAAAUCGACGCGUUUCAGGGCCAUCACAAGCGGCCGUGGACGAUCACCAAGCGACAGUUUGCGAACAAUCUGCACGCGCUCGCGAAGCCGAUUCUUUACUCCACGCUGCCAUUCAUUUUCGUGCUCCCGCAUUCGGCCGAGCAAGAUAUAUUCUUUAGUGUCUUCCUCGCCUCCGUUAUGUUCAGCCAGCUUUUCCACGCCUGGUCCCACACGCCCCGCGUCCUCCUCCCUCCAUUCGUCCCCAUUCUCCAAGACGCCGGCCUCUUAGUUUCCAGAAAAAUGCACGGCGCGCACCACCGACCUCCUUAUAACGCCAAUUACUGCAUCGUCAGUGGAGCGUGCAACCCCCUUCUCGAUUCUAUUGGUUUCUUCUCCGGCCUGGAAAAGUUCAUCUUUCAAACGACCGGGGUUCCUUCCAGGUCUUGGAGUGAGACUGCACCUGAAUGGCUGGAAGAGGGUGGGUACUACGAGGAUGGGUCAGAUGAGCAAACCCAUUUGCCUGGUCAUUGUCUUGCCAUGGCGUCCCUCACUGCCCAUGCCGCUGCUUCCGUUGCCUCAUACGCCUCGGCGUCGCGCACGGCUGCCACGUCAGCAGCCGCACAGCAGACUACCAUGUCCUGCUCACUCCGCACCCUCCCCUUCUCCAUGUCCACGUCAUCAGCCGCCUCCAGCUCAGCCACCCCAUUCUUCCAGGGCGCUCGCCUCCCCUCCCUGAAAGUCACCACACGCGCCGCCGCAUCUCCCGCCGCAAAAUCAGGCGCCGUGCAGGUCCGCGCGGGGGAGAUCAUCGAGGUGGAGCUGGAGCGGCCGUACGGCCUUAAAUUCUACCGCGGGGAGGACGGCGCGAUCUACAUCGACGCGCUGUACCCCGGGCAAUCCGGGAUUCUGAGCAAGCAGAUCCAGGAGGGCGACAAGGUGCUAGCGACGAGCGCCGUGUUCGGCGGAGAGAUGUGGCCCGCUGCGGAGUACAGCCGCGUCAUGUACACCGUCAGGCAGCGCGUCGGCACGCUCCUGGUCCGCCUCGAGAAAAUGGGAGGGCAAAAGAUUGGUCCGUGGAAGAAGGACAAGUACCUGGAGGAGCGGGCCGCCGGCAACUACGGCGACGCCAUCCGCGAGAAGCAGAUGGAGAAUGCGGCGCUCCGGCAAGAGCAGGCCGAAGAGCGCGCCGCUGCUCUCGACAAAGGUCUCCAGCUCUACAAGGCGGGCAAGUACGAGGAGGCGAUGCAGAAGUUUCAGACGAUUAUCGGGCUGGUGCCGUCGUACCGGGAGGAGGCUGUGGCAUUCUACAACAUCGCCUGCUGCUGCUCCAAGCUCAAAAAGGUUGAGGGCGGCCUGCAGGCUCUAGAGGCGGCCAUGGAGGCAGGCUUCGAUGACUACAAGAAAAUCCGUCAAGACCCUGACCUGUCCUUCGUAAGAGACGAUGAUGAGUUCGAUGAGCUCAUGGACAGCCUAGCCGGAAAAGCAGCCACCGCUGCCGCGAUUGCCGCUGCAGCGGCGGUUGCGGUGGGCGGGACGGCGCUCGCGAUCCGGGCCGCGGUAGGCGCGUCGCGAAGGAAACGGCGGCGCCGCGUGAUCGGAAUCAUCCCCGCGCGAUUCGCGUCGUCGCGGUUCGUGGGGAAGCCGCUAGCGCUGAUUGCGGGGCGACCCAUGAUCCAGCACACGUGGGAACGUGCAAAGCUCGCUCAAACUCUCGAUCGAGUGGUGGUCGCAACGGACGAUAAGAGGAUUGCUAGCUGCUGCCAGGGAUUCGGUGCUGACGUCAUCAUGACGUCAGCAGCUUGUGGAAACGGUUCGGAGCGGUGUGCCGAGGCAGUGGAGAAGCUCAAGGGGCAGUGGGACGUGGUGGUGAACAUUCAGGGUGACGAGCCGCUUAUCGACCCAGCUACCAUCGACGCUGUUGUCAUUGCGCUACAGGAAGCACCUGAGGCAGUAGCAGCGACGGCAGUGGCAGACAUAAAAGCAUCGGCAGCACCAGACCCGAACCGAGUCAAGUGUGUGGUGGACAGCAGAGGCUUUGCUCUCUACUUCUCACGGGCGCUCAUUCCCCACAACAGAGACGGAGUGCCUCGUUCCGGCUUUCCCUACAUGCUGCACCUGGGCCUGCAGGCAUAUGACGCAGCCUUCCUAGCACAGUACAGGGCGAGUGAGCCGGGGAGAUUGGAGGAGGAGGAGCAGCUGGAGCAGCUGCGAAUACUGGAGCAGGGAUGCAAGGUUAAGGUGGUGAAGGGACACAUUCAGCUCACACGGUGGACGUGCCUGCUGAUGCAGAUUGUGGUGAAGGCGGCGCAUUCAGCGCACGGGGUGGACGUGCCUGCUGACUUACCUCAGCUCAGCACCAUUGUCCAUCCCUAA